AUGGAACUUUGUUUCUUAAAGGCACGAAGAACUAGUAACGGUAACGGUAACGGUAAUAAUGACGGUGAUGGUGACGGUAACAAUAAUGGUAACAGUAACUGUCACGGUAACAGUAAUGGUAACAAUUACAGUCACUGUAAUGCUAAAGUGACUGACUAUCAUAGUGACGUUGUCGGUGACAGUGACAGCAACAGUGACAAUGACGGUGACAAUAAGAGUAUGGAAAACGAUAAUGGUAAUUGUAACGUAGUAGUAACGUAUGAUGACGAUGACCGUGAUAGUGACGGUCAUAGUAACGUUGUCGAUGACAGUGAUGGUAACAUUGACUGUGACAUUUACGAUGACAGUGAAGGUGACAAUGAUAGUGACGGUGACGCUAACGGUAAUGGUAACAGUGGCAGUGAGAGUGAUUGUGAUGGUGAUAGUGACAUAGACAUUGACGGUGACAAUGAUAAUAAUGGUAAUGAUGCAGUAACAGUAACAGUGGCAGUGAGAGUGACAGUUGAUGGUCACGAUGACGAUAACAAUCAUAGUGACGGUACUAGUGACAAUUACGGUGACAAUGACAAUCAUAGUGAUGGUGACAAUAACGAUUAUGGUAACGGUCACGGUCAUAGUGGCAAUGAUGGUGACGAUCACAGUGAUGGCAACGAUGACGGAAGGAAUAACGGUUACGAUAAUGGUAUAAGUAAUGGUAGCGAUAACGAUGAAAGUAACGGUGGCAGUGACACUAACAGUGAAUAUGAUUAUGACGGUGAUGAUAACAGUGACAACGACGAUAAUGGUGACAAUGACGGUGACGUUGAUGUUGACAGUGCUGGUCACGGUGACAAUUUUGGUGUCAAUUACGGUCACAAUGACGAUAAUAGUCAUAGUGGCAAUUAUGGUAACGGUCACAGUGACAGUUUUGGUAACAGUAACUGUAACGGUAAUACUAACAAUAACGGUAUUACUAACAGUAACGAUAAUGAUAACGGUGACGGUAAUGGUGGGGGUGAGUGUAAUAGUAGCAAUGACGAUGAUGGUCACAAUGACGUUGUCGGUGACAGUGAUGGUGACAAUGAUGUUGCCGAUAGCGGUGACAGUAACUAUAAUUGUAACCAUAACGGUAACGGUAAUGAUGACAAUGACGGUGACAGUAACAAUGACUGUGACAAUGACGAUGUGAUAACGGUGUCGGUUAAAGUGACGGUGAUGGUGACAAUGACGAUGACAGCGACGGUGGCAGUAACGAUAACGCUAACGAUAACUGUAAUGGUAAUGAGAACGAUUACAGUGGCGGUUGAAGAUAAUGGUGACAGUGACUACAACGGUGAUGAUGACGAUGAUAGUGACAGUCAUAGUGACGGUAACGAUGACGGUCACAAUAACGAUGACAAUUACGGUGACGGUAACAGUCACGGUGACGAGUCACAAUGA